AUGCAUUUCGCGGAGUUACUUAUUUCUGAGGUUGCCGUAAACGGACUAGAGGGAAUUACAUUGAAUCAGUUGUGGCGAAAUUUGGAAGAUAAACGUCUUGGGUUUCCUUGGAAAAUAGAUGAAAAUAGCAAACAAUUUAUUUGGUCUACGCUUAUGAAAACUAAGAAUAUCAGAUAUUAUGUGAUGCCAUUUUCUGUUGCCCUAUGUGAGCAGUUUAGUCGUAUUGAUUGUUUGGUAGAAAUGAAAGAUGGUACUUACUACAAGCUACCAGAUUCCCUCCCCCAAGUCCAGUUUUUCCCUGUGAACAAAGAUGGUGUAUUUGGGUCCUCGAAGUAUUAUGAAGAAAGAGAAGAUAUCACGGAAACUGUCUACAGCGACGUUUCUUGCAAUGUGCUACACAAUGUCGUGGAAAGGUGGGGUGACACCCUAGUACUGGUUGCUUCACAAAAUGAAAGGAAUAAGUUUUUAUUUGGAAGCCAAAAUGUUCCACGUUACUUGUCUACAGGCUUGUAUGUCAUGCUUGAAGCGAUCGCUAAGCAGAAAUACAAUGGGUUAUCUACUACCCACUAUGAUGGUUUACUAUCUUCUGGUAUGACAACUGGUACUAUAUGGUACAUGCGUCAAAAACUUGAAAAAAUGGGUAUAAUAAAGUCCCAGCCUUACUUAAUGAAGGUUGGUAAAAAGCCUGUGACUCCAGGUCUGUUGCUGCAUCACCGCAAAUAUUAUACACACUUCCCGUUCCCGCCUGCAAUGUUUAUGGACAGGAUAUCACAAUUUUUACUGAACAAACCAAAACACAAAUGUUUUGGAUUUGAAAUUCGCAAGUUAAUCGGCAUUACUUCCAAAGGAAUCAAGCGUACUCUGAAAUUCGGUGUGCGACAUGGUUGGCUAGAUGUCAUUAAUACAAGUUUCAGGGAUGCUUGUGCUGUACUACUUAACAAGAGUGAUGUUGAUGUAGAUGAUGAUGAUAUGCUUAACAUCCUUCAGCAAACAGGUUGCGCGGUCGAUCCACAUCAUCGGUAUCCUUGCAUGGUAAAUUUGGUGUCGCUUAAAAAGCCGUUUAGUAUGGACUCUUGGAUAUCUGAGUGUGGUCAAGGUGAAAAUGCUUUUGGAUUUAAAAAGUGUAAGAAAGAAGAAUAUGACAUUGACUCUGAUGAUGCUUUGGAUGACGACUAUGAGGGCGUGGAUGACCAGCUCGAAUUAUCAGCUGUAAAGCUUGAAAAUCCCGACGGCAGUCUCCUUGGGUUGAAAUCGGAAGAAAAUCAGAAUACUUUGGCUCUGUGCGAUACACUGAUAUCCACAAACGCUUCCUCUUAUUUUCCUGUGUCUAGCAAAUUCCAGUGUCUGGUGUACGCUAAAAGACUAUUGGCAUUUAUUCCCUCAAUCAAAAUUGAUGAAUCUAUAUCAGUUCAAAUAGUUCGUAUCCUAGCCUCGCAUGAGUGUACAAUGGCUGAACUUCUGGCGGUAACAAAAACAAGUUUGUACAAUUUACGUCGCACUGUGAAAAGUUUAGUUACAAUUGGCGCAUUGAAAGCCGUGAAACGGUCAAUGGAAUCUACUUUUGUUCUCUAUUAUAGUUUAGUGACUGAUGCGGAUAGAGAAGAAAACCUAGAAGUUAAAAUAAAUAAAACCACUCCCGUAUUGCAGACAUUGCCAACUAUUCAAACACAAAGACAAAAUCGUCGUGCAUUUAUCCUUAAUUAUUUGGCAAAAUAUCGUAUAAUUGCUUCAGAGUACUCGUUACGUCAGUUAAUAUGGGAUCAUGAACGCUCAAUCGGUCUGAAAAUCCGCAUGGAUCGUAAAUCACUACGUAGAAUUUUGGACGAAUUAAUCGCAGCUAAACUGGCUACAAUCCUUAAGACGAAAUCUCUCAAAGGAGAUGUUACUUUCAUCUGCCAACCAGAUGUUAAAGAAGAUGAUCCAUUAAUAUUGACAGCUAUCAAGAACAUAGAUCUCGCAGCUAUACGUAAUCUCCCCAUACAAGAUGAGAAAAGUUCUGUUGUAUUUGGUGCGAACCAAGUUACGAAGAUUGAAGGUGUUGAUCCUUUGUCACCCGAGGCGAUGACUAUUGUCCUGCACAAAAUGCCAUUGUUACCGAAAAUGCGUCGAAGGUCACUGAUUCAUGAAUAUUUAUUCUAUGUGGUUUACGACCUUAAUGAAACGUCACGUCCUGUCAGACCUCAGUCUGAAAGUGAACCUCCAGUCUAUUGUGAUGACGACACAUGGCGUAGAUAUGUAGCUCCAUUGGAGCCAUUAAGAGAUAUGAGCAAGGGUUGGUUUCUGAUCAGUGAAGUUUUACGUGGCAUUCCCUUCGGCUUAUAUUUACGACUUACAAUCACCACAUCACUGCCACGCAUACUGUGUCGGUGGCUUAAACUCGAUCACUUGUUAACUGAUCUAAAUCGAGAAGAAAUUGAGCAUUUAGAUGCAGAGUUAGCACGUUUUCACAAUGCCAAUAUGAUAAAUCAAAAGGAUAUUCCUCUCAGAGAUUUGUUACGAUAUCCCUUACGAUACGUUGAACUACCUGGAGGAUCACGAGGUUUGCUUAAUGAUUGGUUAUUGUCUUCCAAAAAGCUGAGAGCAGUUUCUGCAAUGAUUGAAGAUCUGUCAGGUGUUACUGGUCUAGUAACUAUGCAGCAGAAAAAUGUUUCUCAGGCUAAGACAAGUAUGCUUGGUUUUCUUCACCGUCGGGCAAGCUUAUUAGAUACUCGCUGUGCUAAUCCAGCUUAUCAAACUCUGACUCGUUUGGAACGUACAGAAGUUAUACAUUUUGACUUUCAAACUGUUGCCGAUGUUGCUAGUUAUUGGUUGACUUGUGAAACCAUUGCCCGCAAUACUCCCCUUGGUCAUAAUUCUUGCAAAGAUGAAAUAGAUUCAGAGCUUCUGCCACCAUUAACACCAAGAAUAUCUACUCAACCUGUGGAUGACGGUGCAUUAAUUAAUUUGAACUGGUCAGAAAACAUUUCGUCUAAGUUUAGAAACGUUUUGUCAGAUGGUACAGAAGUAUUUCCAUGUGGUGCUUGUGGGUAUCAUCCUACUGAUUGUACUUAUAACGUUCGUAAUUGGGGUUCAACACGCAGUAAAUCUAAACGUAAAAAUGAUGGUGAACGUCUCUUAAAUCUUUUGGGAGAAUUUACCGGUAUGGAUGAUACUUGCGGGUUUAAUGCUCCUACUGAUGAACCUUUCUGGCCCUGGCUUCCUAGUUUGUUUGCUGACCUUGAUGUUCCCACGAUUUUAAAAUUUGUUGAUACACCGCAAGUGGUCAAUAGACGGUCAGUUUGCCGCCGUUCUGCAAGGAUUAAUCGAUCCAGCUUUUAUGAGGAUGAUUCUACCAAGAAAAGUGGAAUGCAUGAAAUGGAUUCACUAUCAGAUGAUAUUGAUCAGGGAGCAGAAUCCCGAGAUACUGAUAGUAUCUUGAAGGAUAUUCGUCAGCAAAAUUUAUUAGAUACCUCAGUGAGUCAUCGAAGUACCAAUCAACGCUUGCAAAAAGAGUUUUCCUCAUUUGAAAAUAAGGAAAAUGUUAUCAAUCGGUUAUCGUCACACGUAUCAUCCAGUUUUACUCCUCGUCAAACAGUUGUUGUUCGUCGAAUUCGUGGAAUUUUAAAACAAUGCGGAAAGAAAGCAGGCUAUGCUCAAUCAGGUCCAUAUGAUCUGUAUCUUCGUGCUCCUCGCUGUUGCUGGACUAAAUUGGAAGAUCGUUUGCUUUUCACUUGUCGAAUCGCUUCUGUACUGAUAGCUGGUGAAACGCGUAGAGAAUACAUUACAGCGCCUUACACAUUCGUUCGUGAUGUACUUCAUCGUUAUAUACCUCAGCUACACUAUUUGAAAACUCCUGUGGCAUGUGCAAGACGACUUAAAUCGCUUUUACUUAGCAAAGGUCCCGAAUGGGUUUCUGGGAAGUUACUUUUUUCUCGUGUUUCAAGCCGUCCAGAUGGCAGUUGA